CACCAACCAACAGCCAACACUACAACCAGCACGCGACUGCCACGGACACGUGCUUGCUACCCACGCGCAUGGUCAGACAAGGGCUGGGUGAUGAGGACCACCAACCGAGGGGACGUACCUGCACGCCAUGUUCCUCCCAGCCAAGCCAAAGGUGUGGCGGAGGAUGUCGAUGAUGUGGUAUUCGACGCUGGCUCCCUGUCGUUUGUUCAAGACUGGGUGGUGGACGGAGGCGACACCAGCGCUGCCGCGGCUGCUGCUGCGGAGGUCGAGCCCAGGAGGGAGGACCCGCGAAAGACUAACCCUAAUCGAAGAUUGGGAGUGGGUGCCCACCCAAAGAAGCCCAAGCAGGACCGGCCUGAACCGAGCGCUUUGGAGAAGAAGAUGCUUCGGAAACGGCAGCGCCAGGAGCUGAGCGAUGCCAUCGCAGGCGAGAUGGACACGCACGGCGUGGUCGACGACGACAAGGAGGGAGACGGAGAGAGCAAAACGGCGUCUUUCAAAAAUAAAAAGAAGAGGGCUGAACAACAAGAGGAGCGAAAUCGCACAGCGCCAGCACCAGCACCAGCAGAUCCUGCGGCCACUGCGGCGGAGGAUACGAAGUCGAGAAAGAAGAACGGGGCGGUGGAAGCAGUUGUUGGGAGUGGGAACGGAAAUAGCGGCGGAAGUUGUGCGGGUGAUGCGGUUGACGACGGCGAGAAGCCGGGUGGGAAACGAAAAGCCAGGCGAAAAAAGAAGUCUGCAGCGCCGGAGGUCGCCACUGUGGAAGCAGACGCAGCUGCUGCUCCUGCUGCUGCCGCUGCUUCUGCUACUGUAACCGCAGCGACGCCAGACAAAAAAUUCGCAACCGUUGUGGAGGAAACUUCUCCGAUGACGGCAGCGGAAGCUGAAGCAGGAGGCGGCGGGAAAGGUACAGAAACAGCGGAGCCGGGGGAAUCUAAGAAACAGCGGCGGGGGUGGAGGAAGGCACGCUCCAAGUCUGCGGGUGCUGCCGCCGAUACCGCCGAAAACGUCGACCAAGCCAAAGACGCGGGGGGAAGAAGCGGGAGAAUGGACGAGCACCGCUCGCGCAAGAAGACACGGUCACGGCAGAAGAACAUACGCAAGGAUAAUCGACCCGCAGACGAAAGACCAGCCUAUCUUCGCGCCGAGAACCCCGAGUUCAGCGGGCGCGGCCUCACCGAAGAGACUCGAAAGUUUCUAGGCCUUCCGCAAGCCGACUUUGGAGAUGCACCACCGGCGGGGUGGGGAAAGCACGGGAAAGUCAGACCAACGGCUAGCUGGGUGAUCGAUAAGAAGCCAAGGAGAUUGCCGAAGUACCUGGAACCGGAUGCCGGCGAUGAGGGGACGAAUGCGGCGACGACGAGCGUGGCCGCUUCCACUGAUGCUGGGCGGAAAUCGACACCUGCUGCUACGGAAGCUGCGCCUUCUGCCACCGGCAAAUCUAAGUACAAGAACCUGAGUUUGACGCCCGGUGGCAAAACCAGCGCCAACAAGAAGGAGUGAGCGAAGGGCGGCCAUGCUCCUGGCGGGGCCGGUGGCGUGAAAAGCAAGACAUGAGAGAAGAACGACCCUCAUGGCCAAGACGGAGUGUGAUUGGUUCCAAUGGAAGGGUUCGAGCCCGCAUCCGCAGGCGUGUUUUGAUUACGUGCCAGUCUGUUGCAGCAGGGGACGUGUCGGGAAUCUACCGGCAGGUUUUGCAUGUGAUUAUGUACGCAUCGUCUACAGUUAGCACGGUUUCGGAGAUUGAGCUGGGUGCGCACCUUCGAAACGAUCAUCUGCGUCUCUACAAGAACUCGUUUGUGGAUCUUGCGUGGAUUCUGUUUUUUUUUGCCAGGAACAUUUACAAGUUUGACAGACACAUCGAACAAAGUCAUGUUUGAGCGGAUUCUUCGAUGAUUUAUGUAGAACCGCUGUUUCCUUUUGGACAAUCCAGGGUGUACGGGGAGCGGAAGAUGUGGGUAAUAUCCGUUCUUGUCACCAGCACAAGCGUAGAUACAUGGUUUGC